AUGCCGUCCCGUUUUUCCAAGAACCGCAAGAAACGCGGCCACGUGAGCGCCGGCCACGGUCGUAUCGGCAAGCACCGCAAGCAUCCCGGUGGUCGUGGUAAUGCUGGUGGUCAGCACCACCACCGCAUUCUGAUGGACAAGUUUCACCCGGGUUACUUUGGUAAGGUCGGUAUGCGCCACUUUCACCUCCUCCGAAACCGUACCCACUGCCCUACGGUGAACGUGGAGCGUCUGUGGACGUUAGUAUCGGAGAAGACCAAGGAGCAGGCGGAGAAGGCCAAGGACGGCAAAGCCCCUGUGAUUGAUGUGACCAAGGCUGGGUACUUUAAGGUGCUCGGCAAGGGUCGUCUACCAGCAGUGCCUUUGAUCGUCAAGGCCAAGUUCUUCUCGGCUGAGGCAGAGAAGAAGAUCAAAGCCGCUGGUGGUGCUUGUCUGCUGACUGCUUAA